GGGAAGUUUGGUCUUGCCAUCCCCCAGAAAGUCUCCCUUCACACCUCUUUCUACCUUGCUUUAAGGACGAUCUUACUUAAAUUUUACUUAUGGAAAAAAAAAAUGUAAAAUUCUCCAGCAGAAAUGAUGUGAUUUGAACCAUUUUCUUAUGUUUGUAUAGAUUCUUAAGAAUGCUUUACUAUUAAUUGAGCUACCAUCAAUUGGAAAACUUCUUAAGAAAUUUAAUGUACAGUAUAUUAGUCUGUGGUUUAAAGGAUGGCACAACUCAUUGCUCAUUUAGAUGGUGACUUUAUCUUGGUGAGAAAUGGCUCCCUAUUUGGAGCAGUUAAGUUCUAACAGUAUGGACACAGCUGUGUUACUUGCCAAAGCGUAGACUUAUUUAUGCAAGAUAUUUAAUAGUACGAAGAGCAACUAGAAUUUAAAUUGCUAUUAUCCUCCAGCUUUCCGCCUUGUCCUGUAGGAAAGCCAACAGUGUGUGGGAUUUUACAGGUAUUUAAAAAUCACUGGAAAGGAUAUUAAUACUUAUUAGAGUCUCACUAUUCAAUGGUGUCUCCAAAAACAUAGCCAGUAUCCUCUAAGUGAAAUUACUAUAUGUUUUCCUGCAGUGGAAAGAUCUCUAUAAAAAGUCCACUUUGUGAUUUUAAAUGCUUCAGUUGUUCAUCCAGGAAUAUCUCAGCCACUGUCCUGCAUCUUAGUAGAUUGGUGACAUUUUUAGUGAUAAUUUCUCUAUUACCAGUUUCAAGUCUCCUUCCUGUCAGGAAAUGCAGAGAAUGGGGAGUGUGGCAGUGAUUGUAUAAGAGCUUGUCCAGAGUUGGGAUGUGGAACGGAAAGCAUAUUUCUACUUGGAGGGAAACGGCCUUCUAAUUUCUUCUGUUCCUGCAGAAAAUAUCUCCCAUAGGGUCUCAGCAGGGUGUUUUUUGAGCUCAUUAUGGAUCUGUUACUUAGCCUUCUGGAGACAUCUGUAUUCUACGGGCUUCUGGCUUUUAGUCUUUGGAGAGCAGCUGUUCUCUGUCAUUGUUACACUGCUUAUAAUUGGUGUGGGCCCAUAUUUUACAGUUUGUCAGUCUGGCAGGUUUUGAAGGCAUUACUAACAGAACAGGUAUAGAUUUCCAAAGGCGAUCUAGUCUCUAUUUCUAGCACUUUCUGCAGGCUCAAGAUGUACUUGACCAUAAAGUGAUAUUUUACAUUUAAUGACUUGAAUAUCAUUUUGUGAAUUAUCUAAACAUUUUGUAUUUCCUUUUAGUUCCAGCAUUCAUGCAAAUGUAGAACCAUACUGAUUAUUGAGAAACAAUUCUCUCCAAGGUAGACCAGUAAAGAUCUUCAGAAUGUGUCCUUAAAAUCAUAGCUUAAACUUGUCACAGAAUUAACAUUUUGCAGAUUUUCACAUCAUAUCACCCUUAAGGCAUCUUCUCUACUCCCCAUAUGCCCAGGCCCCAUAUUGCUGUUAGUUUUAUGCCUGGGUCUCCCAAUGGAAACAGAAUAGUGCUUGCACAAUUGAUCAGAUUACUCAUGCAUUUGAUCCAAUUGUAUCACUAAGAUAACUAAAAACAUCAGAUGGACUGGUUUAGGUUUUCCUACCUUGUUUUUCUUAUUGCUUUUACGUUUGUCACAAGACAAGUCUCCAAAUAUGAAGAAGUGGAAUGAAUUUUAAAAAGAAUAAAAGGCCAAGCUAUGAUAGCAACUGGUGGAGUGAUAACCGGCCUGGCCGCCUUGAAAAGGCAAGACUCCGCCAGAUCACAGCAGCAUGUCAACCUCAGUCCAUCUCCUGCUACCCAAGAGAAGAAACCUGUCAGGCGCCGGCCCCGGGCAGAGGUUGUGGUUGUUCGUGGUAAAAUCCGGCUUUAUUCCCCAUCUGGAUUUUUUCUUAUUUUAGGAGUGCUCAUCUCCAUUAUAGGAAUUGCCAUGGCCGUUCUUGGAUAUUGGCCCCAAAAAGAACAUUUUAUUGAUGCCGAAACAACACUGUCAACAAAUGAAACUCAGGUCAUUCGGAAUGAGGGCGGUGUGGUGGUUCGCUUCUUCGAGCAGCAUUUGCAUUCUGAUAAGAUGAAAAUGCUUGGUCCAUUCACCAUGGGGAUUGGCAUUUUCAUUUUCAUUUGUGCUAAUGCCAUUCUUCACGAAAACCGUGACAAAGAGACCAAAAUCAUACACAUGAGGGAUAUCUAUUCUACAGUCAUUGACAUUCACACGCUAAGAAUCAAGGAGCAAAGGCAAAUGAACGGCAUGUACACUGGCUUGAUGGGAGAAACAGAAGUAAAACAGAAUGGGAGCUCUUGUGCCUCCAGAUUGGCAGCAAAUACGAUCGCCUCUUUCUCGGGUUUUCGGAACAGUUUUCGAAUGGACAGCUCCGUGGAGGAGGAUGAACUUAUGUUAAAUGAAAGUAAGAGUUCUGGGCAUCUUAUGCCCCCAUUGCUCUCUGACAGCUCUGUCUCUGUCUUUGGCCUCUAUCCACCUCCUUCCAAGACAUCUGAUGAUAAGACCAGCAGCUCUAAGAAAUGCGAAACCAAGUCAAUUGUGUCAUCAUCCAUCAGUGCUUUUACAUUGCCUGUGAUCAAACUUAAUAACUGUGUUAUUGAUGAGCCCAGUAUAGAUAACAUCACUGAAGAUGCUGACAACCUCAAAAGCAGGUCAAGGAAUUUGUCAAUGGAUUCCCUUGUGGUUCCUUUGCCCAACACCAGUGAUUCCUUCCAGCCUGUCAGCACAGUGCUACCAAGGAAUAAUUCCAUCGGGGAGUCAUUGUCGAGUCAGUACAAGUCAUCUAUGGCUCUCGGGCCUGGGCCUGGACAGCUCUUGUCUCCUGGGGCUGCUAGAAGACAGUUUGGGUCCAAUACGUCCUUGCAUUUGCUGUCAUCACACUCAAAGUCCUUAGACUUAGACCGGGGUCCCUCCACUCUAACUGUUCAGGCAGAACAACGGAAACAUCCAAGUUGGCCUAGGUUGGAUCGGAACAACAGCAAGGGGUACAUGAAACUAGAGAACAAAGAGGACCCAAUGGAUAGGUUGCUUGUGCCCCAAGUUGCCAUCAAAAAAGACUUUACCAAUAAGGAGAAGCUUCUUAUGAUUUCAAGAUCUCACAAUAAUUUAAGUUUUGAACAUGAUGAGUUUUUGAGUAACAACCUAAAGCGGGGAACUUCUGAAACAAGAUUUUAGUGUUAAAGGAAUAUAUCGUUUUACAAGGGUAUAUAUUUAAAAAUAUUUUCACUGGUGUUUCCUUCUUAAAGCAUUGGCUGUAAGCCUUUUUAAUCAAAUGGUUUGUAGUGUAUUAGAAUUGGCUGCUUAGUUCUGUAAUGAAGAUGGUUGUAUGUUUGGGUUACUUGUGACUGCAGUACUCUAUAUUAAUCACAUAUGAUUUUAUUUUCUCUUCCUUUGAAAGCAUGAUCUCUUUUAGUAAUAUGAAUGCAAAAUACUUGCAUCCAAAUUAAAACUUACUUAUUUUCUUUACUUUUAAUUAAUUGCCCUGUUUAUAAAAUGAAAUGUCCAAUAUGGAAAACAUAGGGUACCAAAGUGCGGACCAGGAGUACAAAUUCAGUCCCAAUACUCAAUAUGUAUUAUGGAUGACUAUGAGUGCAAACCUUAGGCUGUGAUUUUCUGAAUAAUUGUUCUUUUUAGGAUUUGGUUAAGUUAUUUAAAAUGAAAGAGAUCUAGUUUCAGUGUGAGCUCAAUGAUGUGAAUUGGUUAAGUUUAUUGUGAAUCCUGAGUUUUAGAUAGGUAGUAUUUUUUCAACAUCAGUUCUGUUUUCAGUGAUGUUAUAUCAAGAAACAAUGUAUCCAAGAGCCAUCACUGACAAUGCCAGACAUUCUUAUGGAUAAAUAUCAAAAUGCAAUUAUAGUGGCUAUAACUUUAGGUAUUCAGAAUCAAAAUUCACAAGCUGACUUGAUAAACCAAUAUACUUUGUAGAAAUACUAUCCUGAAAUAAUUAUACACAUGAACGGAAUGUUGACUAAUGAAUGAAGAUACAUUACAUGCUAGUUAAUGCUAACUAGUCUCAGUACUUUUUUCUAGCCAUCUGUUACUUCCAAUAGUCCCUCAUUCCCACAUCCUAUUUUCCCCCAAUAUGUUUUAGAUCCUGGUAUUUGGAAAACAAUCGGCUAACCUUGACAUUUCACCUUCACAUGCCACUAGCUUGGUAAUUCAAAAACAUUUAGUUCUUGAUAAAUUGCCUUGAAGUUUACCUUGUGCUGGAAAGCCUUAUGAUAACUCCAAAGACUUUCUUAUGGUAUAAUACAUUUUUAGGAUUGUGUUUCUUAGUUACUGAAGAUGAUAAAUAUUAAAAUGGAUGUUUCCAUCAGAAAAUUUUCAUGUUUUCCUUUAAGGUAACAUAAUUGUAAGAACUGUUGAAUAGAAUACUCAGGAAAUUCUACAGGUUUCUCCCAAUACCUAAGCACUUCUGAACAUCAGUGUUGCGGUUAUGGAAGAGCAGAAGGAGGAUCCAUUUGUGUUGCUCCCCAAAAUUCCACAUUGCGUUUGCAUCACAAGCUUCCCUCAAUUGAGACACAGUUUUGCUUGUUAGAACAUUAAGCCUGUGUAUUGUAACAGAGUGGGCUCAAUAUUUUACUAUAAAGCAUUUAAUAAACUUCUGUUAUUAAUAGAAGUUUCUGUUCUUCACACCUUUGCUACUGCUUUUUAAAUAAAAUGUACAUUUCUGCUUAAA